AUGCUGCAGAGCAACGAAGAAAGGCAACGCAAGGCCGAAUGCUACGACGCCGGAACUUUCAUGAUGAUCGCGACACCCGAGAGCUUCGAACGUCUCCCCCAAUAUCACCGAUCGCUGCUGGGGGACCGGACUCUCUGUCCUCUGUCACCACAGCUCAGAACACCGUAUCGAGAAGCAGUAACACCAUGCUCCGGUGAUCUCACGUCGUGUGGACCGACCGUCCACAUGGUCAGGACGAGCGGCGACAUCCACGCUUUUCUGGAACUGGAAGACGAAGCAUGUACGCGACCACGGCCAUCUCCACCGUCCAAAGAUCCCAGUCCCCGGCGAUCGAACCUUGGCCGGCGCGGGUCGCGGUUCUCGGUCACGGCGGUGGUCAAGGGGAAAGAAAAUUCUCGUUUGGCCGACUACGGCGCGCGGAUCUGGCGAGAACUGUCUCAGGCUACGGCCGAACACCUGGCCUCCUACCGGUGGAAAUGA